AUGAGCUACCAAAUGCUAUCAAAAGAAGCCCUUCUUUCUGAAAAUCUCAAACUUAGACAAGAAAGACUUGCAUUUUACAACUUAAUCUCAAUUACCCAAGACCAAAUCUCUAUUUUGCAAAAGAUUUCAAGCGAAAAUGACUCAUCUCAAAAUACCCCAAAUCAUAUCACAAAUCAAAAAUCUUAUUCCUCCGAAUACAAAGAAGCUGCUGAUUUUUUACUUCAAGAAUUUAAAGAAGCAGUUGAAGUUGAUCUUAAAUUGAUAGAUGCAGAGUCCAGCCUAUUAUCUAGCAAUGAAGACAUGGACAAAGGAGAUUACUGUGAUCUUCUUCAGAAAAUAAUAGAAAAAAAAAUCAGCACAUAUAAUCACGUUAUGCUUGCAAUUAGGGCAACCAAACUUGCAAAAAGUUAA